AUGGCAACCUCAGCUAUCGUGCGCCAAGGUCCCAAGCUGGGGACCAAGGAGAUAUACUUGCCAAACUUCACCUUGACCCUCCUGCGGACCCCCAAUCUCCCUCCCACCUUCGCGUCUUUCAUCGUUCCUUUGAACCUCAACAAGCUUGAUCUGCGGGACUAUCUCUGGAACUGCUAUGGCAUCCCCGUCACUUCCGUGCGCUCCUACAUCCAGAUACAGAAGCUUCGACAGGACAAGCCCGGUGCUCGACGGCCCAGCCCCAGAAAGUGGUUCCGCCCGCGGAGUAUCAAGAAGAUGACGGUCGAGAUGGAGAGACCGUUUGUGUGGCCCGAAGUCCCAGAUCUGGAGAAGUGGGACAAGAAGACCUUCGAUGCCGCACAGAAGGAGCGCGAGGAGAACGAGAAACAGUUCAGACCCGAUGGCCGACAGAUCCCCACGAAGGAACGCGCGAGCAUUGCGGAACAGGCCAGGUUAUUAUUGCAGGGGAAAGAGAAGUGGAAGACUGGGAAUACAAGACGUGAGUGGAGCGAAUGGGAGAAUGUGGGGGAGGAGAUCGAGGUUGAGCGUGAUGUUCAACUGCCCAAGCUUGAGCGAUGA